GAAGUGUAACAACAUCUGCUUAAGAAAAAAACAGCAGCAGCAGAAGCAGCAGCAAUGGCGGCGGAGCUUCCGAAUUUCAUCGUGCUGAGGGCAACCGUCCAACAGCGGUACGUGUCGCACUUCAAGGAGUCAGGCCCUCCCGGCUGGAACUUCACAGGCUGGGUCAGCGCCUCCGAAGUCAACAUUUUCAGCCCACUGGCGCAGAUCCAAGUAGAGCAGGCCAAAAUCGACGCCCGCUACGUUCACUUCCGCUUCGUCCACACCAACAAGUACUGGGCCAAAGCCAACAACGCCACCCAAAUCAUCGCAGUCGCUGACCAGCCUGUGGAAGACUUGUCCAACCCCGCCUGCACGCUCUUCGAGCCCAUAAUCACGCCCGGCUCCACCAACCUCGCCCUCAACCACGUUCAGACCGACCGCCGCAUUGAUGUCGUGGGUCACGGCAUUCCCCCAAUUCAUUUUCUCCUCCAACGCGCCCCUGCUGGCACUGUAGGCACUGUUCACUUCCAGUUUAUUGACUGGGAUACGUUGAUUACCUUACCCAGGCAUGUCGCUUUCAAGGGACACGAUGGCAGGUAUGUGAGAAGCUUGACGUUCCAGAAUUUUCCAUACCAUCAGCUGUCGGCGGACGACGCCAACGCCACCGACACGGGGUUCGAGGUGCACACCAUGCUGGACGGACAUGUCCGCAUAAAGUCCCUUCACUUUGAUAGGUUCUGGAGGCGCAGUCCCAAUUGGAUAUGGGCGGAUAACAAUGACGCCAACAGCACCCACGCUGACACCUUGUUUUGGCCUGUCAAAAUAGACGACAACACCAUUGCGCUUCGGAACGCAGGCAACAACAACUUCAUCAGGCCUUUGAGCAUGGAGGGAAAGACCAACUGUCUGAACGCCCAAGUGCCCAACAUGACCUUAGAAACGAGAUUUGAGGUGGAGGAGCUGGUUCUGAAAAGAGAGAUCUACCACGUCAGAUACCGCAUGGAGGAAUCUCGAAUCUACGACGAGGAGCCCUUCAUCGCUGGAACAGCCACCGCCACCAACAUGGCCAAUGCUGAAGCUACGCUGGGCAUCACCGUCACCUACGAGGAAGCCUCCUCCUACUCCUUCAGCAGCACCCGCUCCAUAUAUGCAGGGGUCGAGUCCAGGAUCACUGGCGGCAUUCCCAAAAUCGCCAGCGGCUCACUCCGAAUCACCACGGAGAUCACCCAGACGCUGGAGUGGAACGAGACCAAGGAUGAGAAGAAGAGCGUCACGGUGGAGCACUCAGUCACGGUGCCGCCCAAGAGCCGGGCCACGGUGACCUACGUGGGGACGCAGGGAAAGUGCAGUGUUCCCUUCAACUACACUCAGAAAGACAAGAGCUCUACCAAUGGGCAGAUGAUUACCAGCCAGCAUGCUGAUGGUAUCUUCUUUGGCGUCAAUUAUUACAAUUUCCAGUUUGAGGCCAUGGAAGUCCAACCCCUCUGAGAUCCUGCAGUGUUUUAAGAUUGUGUUUGAAUAAAUUUCUGUUAUUGCGUGUUUUUGUUUCUUGCAUGUUGUGGAAUAAAGGAUUCCGACUGCUGUAACUGUGAGAGUGCUUUCAUGAAGUCCAACCCCUCUGAGACCGGGUCGACUCGGGUUGGGAUCCUGCAGUGUUUUAAGAUUGUGUUUGAAUUAAUUUCUGUUAUUGCAUGACUAUUUUUGUUUCUUAGCUAUAUGUUUUGGAAUAAAGGAUUCCGACUGCUGCAUGUGACUGUGAGAUAGUGCAUCAUUAAUGUGAUAUACUAUAUCGUUUAUUUUGGUUGAUA